AUGUCUGUCCCCCGAUCAGAGUACCUGAGCACUGUCUGGAAGGAUGGCAUCUUUGCCAACCGCGUACUAUUCAUCACGGGUGGUGCAGGCUCCAUCGGCAGCGCGCAGACCCGCGCCAUGGUUCAUCUCGGAGCCGACGCCUGCAUCAUCGGCCGCAGCGUUGAGAAGACAGAAAACGCCGCCAAGGAGAUUGCCAAAGUCCGGAACGGCGCCCGAGUCAUCGGGAUCGGCAACGUUGAUGUCCGGAGUUACGACUCCCUCAAAGCCGCCGCCGACCGCUGCGUAAAGGAGCUCGGCAGCAUCGACUAUGUCGUCGCCGGCGCGGCAGGCAACUUCAUCGCCCCCAUCGCCGGGCUCUCCCCCAACGCCUUCAAAGCCGUCAUCGACAUCGACACGAUUGGCACCUUUAACACCAUCAAGGCCACGAUGCCCUACCUCGUAGAGUCUGCCGCUCGCAAUCCCAAUCCGAAUGAUGCCGGCACCACCGGCGGCCGCUUCGUCUCUACUUCCGCCACGUUCCACUACACCGGAAUGCCCCUCCAAUCCCACGUCUCUGCUGCCAAGGCCGCCAUCGACGCCCUCAUGGGCUCGGUCGCGCUCGAGUACGGCCCGUUUGGCGUGACUGCCAACAGCAUCGCCCCCGGUGCGAUUGAGGGAACAGAAGGGAUGGAAAGGCUGGCCUCUUCCAAGCUGGACCCGAAGACGAGGACGAAGGGCGUGCCGAUUGGUAGAUGGGGGUCGGUGAGAGACAUCGCCGAUGCGACUGUGUAUGUCUUUAGCGAUGCGGGCAACUAUAUCAACGGGACAACCCUCGUGGUGGACGGCGCGGGGUGGAGGAGGCAAGGCGCCGCGGCGGUGGGCGUGGACGACGACAUGCAGUACCCUGACUUUUUGCUCGCUGGUACGAUUAGCAAGCAUCUGAAGAGCGGGAGGAAGGAGAAGGCCAAGAUCUAG